ACGUUUUCAACUUCAAGUUGUCAAAACAACUUUUCCUUCAAAAUAAAUAUUACAAAAUCAAAAAGUUACACAAAUCAAGGUUUAAAUCCAGUAAAUCGAACAUAAUGCUCGACUAUUUUCAAAUGAAAUCUGUUAAUUACGAUAACUAGCUAUGCAUUACAUAGUGAAGCCAAAUUUAACACCCAUUAGAACAUUUCUUAGAUUGUACAGCAUUAUCAGGCGCAGUCAUUAUGAUGUUCUACGAUUAAAGAAAAAUUGUAGCGACAAAGACAUAAAGGAUGCUUUUGUAAAAUUGAGCAAACAGUAUCAUCCAGAUAAGAACAAAGACGCGAAUGCACACGAGCAGUUUGUCCGCAUCGCGGAGGCGUACAACAUCCUCGGCAAGCCCACCAGCAGGGCGCAGUAUGACAGCACCACAUACGUCUCACACACCUACAGAGCUCAACAAAGCACAAGUCAGAACCAAGAAUACUACUACACUCAAAACAAGGACCCAUAUGAUGAGUUUCGUGAAUACAGACAGAAGAACAAAAUGUAUGAGCACUCCGCAGAGAACAGGAUACCGAAGCAUGUUAUUGUACUGCUCUGUGCUGCAUUUGGACUGGUCGGCCUAGUGGUACAGAUGAUAGUUAUAAGGAAAUCCUUCUUCAUGCACCGUGAGACACUAGAACAGACUACAAAGAGAAACGCAGAAGCUCUCGCGAAAGUGAGGGCUACUGCUGCAGAGAACGGGAAUGAGUUGCAAACGAGGAUAUUACUGGAGAAGAUAGUGAGCUCAGCCAACCCGACAGUGGCCACCGCCUCGCUCGGACAAGCGCUAGCCAGUGACGACAAGUAAAUCAUACUGUACUAAUAAAUCUGCCGUAAACUUAGUCCCCCUUAUUGUAAAACGUAGACUGAAGAUUGUACUGGUUUAGACCCGAUUGUAGCCCAAAGAAUUCAUCACAACACACAUCACAUCACGACCCAUGACGUCUCCAUUGCUGGGGCACGGGUCUCCUUCCAAUGAAGGAAGGGUUUUAGGCCUAGUCCUUAAAUAAGUAGUAAGAUUUCAUACAAAUCAG